UGAGUAAGAAGGCAUACUUCUUAAGUGCUCACGUUUCGCCAAGGGAAUGGACCACAAAAGGAAGGAGAAUGAAAGGAAAGCUCAGAUGGUUUGACCCAAACAGAGAAGAAGCGGAUUCCUGGAAGGUCAAAUUGUUUCCCAUAACAAAUGCAAGUCAUGCUGUGAUUACAUCACUGUUUGGCUCUUCACAAGGUGCCAUUGUUCUUCUGGACAAUCCACGCACUUUGUGUUCUGGGAAGAUCCUAGAAAAGUGUACAUGUAUGCAGGUGCCUUCAAACUGUAAGUUUACGACGUCAAUACGUGGAAUAGCCGUCUAAAGUCUAAAGCUCAUCUUCACGGGUCAAUUCACAAAUUGCAUGAACUCGAAACAGUUUGCAGUCACAUGACUGGUAAAUUUGCGUUCAUCCAUCCCUUGUAUGAAAGGAGGCUCAAAGUCUAAAGAAAGCCAAUGUUCUUGCGUCAUUUGAAGAAAUUACAGAAUUUUGUACCUCCCAGAAUGAUACGUUGUCGGUCUCAAAAGGAGAAUAACUGUUAAGAGUAGUUAAGUCGUAGUUUUUAUAUCACAUAUAAAUGAAAAAUGUUAAAAGCGUCUAUAACAGUGCUUUAAUAUUCCAGGGGACAAUAUUGGAGGAAUGCAGUUGCAUCUUGAUUACUUGUAUGUGUCUGCUGGCAAAUCACUGUUCCGUUUGAAGAUUAGGUGGUUUGCAAGAUAUAAGAUGUUAGUAGAUCCACAGCGUGUGAUGAACCUACCGGAUACCCCUUCAGAUAUUGCCAUAGAUGUACUCAACGGAAAACGCAUGAUAUUCUAUAGCAGUGAAAGUAAAGGACGGAUAGGUCGAAUUCUCAAGAACUCACACAAACAGAAUGUUAAACAUAUGGAUCCCUUAAACAUCAGCUGCAACCGUUUCACCUUCACCAUAGAUUCGACAGGUCACGUGAUGUAUGUUCUGACUGAUGACAGGAAGCUGAGUCUGAUCAGAGACAUCCAUACAGAGAAUCCUCCCAUCAGAUCAACUGUCAUGAAAGUUCCCAGAUCCUUCACUUGGUCAAUUACGAAGCUGCUGUUUUCAGUGAACACUAUAUAUCUGAUCUGGCCCGACAAAAAUGAUGUAAUGUGCCUUGACGUCCAAGAGAAACGUGUCUGUACCAGACGUCUUAGCAACGAGAUGAUAUCUCGUCCCCCACGAGUUAUAACUGUCAUCACUCGCUGAUAAGAAAUCCACAAUCCGGAGGACAUAACGCCCAGAUGACGAAAGCUGUUUGAAGUUAAAAAAGAGACUUUGAAUCCUAUUUUUCUGAUUGGGGGUGAGAUAUUUAUCAAUUAUGAAUAUCCAGGAACUGGCAAAAUGUGAGCCAACAUUCAUUGUUUCAUGCUACGCUUGCC